GAAGCUGUAGGACCAAAGGAACGAACAGCAUCUAAAAACACCUAAAAGGACCCCAUGAGGCUCCCAGCUAUCCUGAGUCUACUGGCCCUGGUGCUGCAGGAGGCAGGAACAGCGUCUGUCCCAAAGGAGAGCAAGGAGCAGAGCCCUGAGAAAGGUGAUGCUUUUGCUGUUCUGCACGUGGGGGACUAUGUCCUGAGCCUUGACGACAACAAUGAUGACUACAGUGAGGUCACUGACCUGAGCAACUACAAGGAACCUGUUGACUAUGGGGACCAGCUUGCUGAGAUGAGGGUGAGCAGCCUGGCUCUUCCAAAAAGGACUAGGCCCAACCAGAGUACUACAGCUCCAACAACAACAUCAUCAAACUCCGCAGUGACCCUGCUGGGCUCCCAGAGUAGCCAUGGCCUGCCCACCUGCCUGAUCUGUGUGUGCCUUGGUUCCUCUGUGUACUGUGAUGAUGCGGACCUCGAGAACAUUCCUCCUCUUCCCCAGAUGACUACCUACCUGUAUGCUUGCUUCAAUCACAUCAGUCACAUCCAAGCUGGAGACUUCAAAAGGCUGACAAAACUGAAAAGAAUUGACCUCUCCAGUAACUCCAUCUCCUCCAUCCACAAUGAUGCCCUCCGUCCACUGCCUGCCCUGCAGGAUCUGAUCCUCACAGAGAACCAGCUGGCAGCCUUGCCUGUGCUGCCCAGUGGCAUUGAGUUUCUGGAUGUCCGCCUGAAUCGGCUGCAGAGCUCUGGGAUACAGCCUGAGGCUUUCAGGGUGCUAGAGAAGCUUCAGUUUCUCUACCUGGCAGAUAACCUGCUGGAUUCCAUCCCAGAACCUUUGCCCCUAAGCCUGCGGUCUCUGCACCUACAGAAUAACAAGAUAGACACCAUGGAGAGAGACGCCUUCUGUGACACCAGGGAGCACAGAUACACCUGCCAGCAGCUGGAAGACAUCCGCCUGGAUGGCAACCCCAUCAAUCUGAGCCUUUUCCCAGAUGCCUACUUUUGUCUGCCACGGCUCCCCAUAGGCUGCUUCACCUAACUGCCACUGAUCCUCUCCUCCCAGUUUGAAUAUCUUGAAGAUAUUUCUGACCACGGCAGCAGCAUGGUAAAGAGUCCAUAGAAUGGCAUGGUACCGGGUGCUCUUCCUGACUCAUUUGGUGACGACGUCAUGUUGGUAGUCUGAAAUUGGCCAUGGGCCUCCUGUCUCAUUUGGAGAGAACCAUCCAGAAGGAGAGAGAAAUGACCUGACGUCUCACCUGCAGACCCUCUUGGAAGCACUUUUCCCUGACUGCUGGCCAGCCUCAGCCUGCUCAGCCUCCGGG